AUGGCACCGAGCGCCAGUUCCCCGCGGACAGCGAUUCCAAAACAGGAUCGACAAGCCUCGGUCCGCGCAUAUAUCGACAGUACUCUCACAGCACUUGUCGAUCAGCUUUCCUUGUCCCCAGCCGAAGCGAAGCCCUGCAUCGCGAUACGAUGCAGAGCCACGCCGGCAAACUGCACUAUCAAUCGAGGCAGCGGUGCUCUUGAGGCCGUGCAGAAUGUGGAGAUGCAUCGCACGUACUCCUGGCCUGGAGCAACGGCGUAUGAGUCGUGGAAGUUCACUGUCAUCAUUCGGAUCCUUGCCAUCAUUGACCAGGCAGUGCGGACGGGGCAAUGGGUCUCCAAGAGGGAUAUUUAUUACAUCGACCCAGCAUACUUUCGCUCCCAGGACACGGUGGAUACUGUGAUAGAUGAGCUUGCUUAUACAAUUGGAGUUGAUCGCGGAGCACUGAAUGUUGAAGCUGCGGGAAAAGGCUUGAUAACAGGGUGCUUUUCCUUGAAACGUGAUUCGCAUGUCGUCGUCAAUGCUCAAUUUAGCUCCCAGGAUACCUUGGUUCCUCGAAUUCAAGAAGGUGACGAGUUUGACAUUUCAGCUACUCGUUGGGUGCUCGUUAUCGAAAAGGAGGCCGUGUUUCAUCGACUCGUGCAAAACAAUUAUCACAUCAAGGCAGUUGCUGGCCAAGGAAUUCUCAUCACUGGCAAAGGAUACCCCGACAUCCGUACACGAGAGUUUAUCCGACAGCUCGUCGAUGCAACAUCAAAUGACCGAAUCCCGCGCCGUUUCUAUGCUCUGGUAGAUGGAGAUCCACACGGAAUAGGGAUCUUGUCGACAUACAAGUACGGGUCAUUGGCACACUUGCACGACAACGCAAGUCUCAACAUUCCGAACUUACAGUGGCUUGGUCUCAAAGUUUCGGACGCAAUAACAACUUCAGCAGCCUCCGGUAGUGACGGCCUUCUCACCUUGACAUUUCGAGACCGCAAGAAAAUCGUCGCCAUGCUUCGCAACAACCCGGUAUUGGCCAAUGAUGGGCCCGAGGCAGAAUGGCGCAUGGAGCUGCAACGCAUGCUGAUGCUGAACAUCAAAGCGGAGAUUGAAUUGAUGUAUGAUCGAGAAGGUGGUCUGGAGAUGUGGAUUGAUAGGAGAAUGUUUCGACAGGAAUGA